AUGCUUACCGUGGCUGGGCAAUAUAAGAAACGAGCAAUAGAAGAGGUAGUAGAGGUGCAAACUUUUCUGAAGGAAAAAUAUGAAAACCUUCAAGCAGCUGACAGAACAUUAGAUAAGCAAGCUAAAAAGGAGUUUAUGGACUACCCUAACGGAGAUACUCUGUACAAAGCAUUCCGAAAAAAAUACAAAAUCCAGAGGCAACGACACAGUAUUCCCGUUGAUCCAACAUGUCCUAAUCCGUACGGUGAAAGAACGAUAAGAAAACAAGAAUACUCACUAGUAGAAGAUUUACCCCCUCCUCUCGAUAACAUCGGUGUUAUGGUUUGGAAUCGCGUCUGUGAGCUUCGGGAGAAAAAACUUCAAAUAGAAAGAAAUAUAAAAGAGAAGGCCCUUGAACUGGCAGAAAUUACUGCUCACGUACAACAGUUACGAGAGGAACUGAACAAAUCAGAAGAACAGAUUCAACAAAUAAAUCGGGAGCUUGAAAGAGCUAAAGACCUUCAACACAAACUGUGCACUGAUGUGAAGGUCCAGUUCAUUGUGAAACAAGGUCAGAUCGAGGCAGAAUCUUCAGAGUUUGUUCCAGAUUACUCUAGAAUGUUACUAGUCCACCGGUCAGCUGUAGAGAGCCCUAUCUCAAAAAUCAGGGUACAGAGUUAAA